AUGGCAGCUGCCAUGGUGCCACUGGAAGUGGCAUUGAGCGGUGCGAUUGGUGCACGCGUUCGCAUCAACACAUCUUCACCCGCACCUUCGACGAUCGAGGGAACCCUCUUUACCGCCUGCCCCAUCACAAACCUCAUCGCCAUCAACACCAAGCCCUCUUCAAAUCCCGCAGACGCAAAACAAGCCGAAGCCGGCGACUACCGCAUCAUCCCCGUCUCUCGGAUCCAAUCCUUUAACCUCCUCUCCCUUUCCCCGUCAUCGAACAGCCCCGAUGGCCCCUCUUUCACCGAUGCGGCUCCUCCCGUGCAAGCGCUCGACAUCCGCGCCCUGAAGACCCGCGAGGCCACUGCGAUUGGCAAGGCGCAGGAGAGUGAAGCGAAGCGCGGGAAGGGCGUUACGCAAGAGGCGCAGGAUGUGUUUGAUGCGUUUAACCGGACGAUGCCUACGAGAUGGGAUGGAAGUAACAUUAUCGUGGCGGAUGCGGUGUCGAUAGCGGCGCCUUACCGGGCUGAUGAUUGCCGGCCGUUGGUGGCGGGUGAUGUGGCAGCGCUGAGCCAUGUGCGCAAAGUGCUCGAGAUGGAGCGCAAGAAGAUCGAACUCCGCAAUGCUAGCGCGUCAAUUGGCAAGCCCGGCACUCCUAACAACGCUGCUGGCCAGAGGAAGGGCGGUUAA